UCUUACACUCUCAGAGAGAAACAAAUAGCCUUGAGAAAGAGAAGCGAAUCCUUUCCUUAACCUUCACGCCUCGCCAUUAACUCCCUCUGUGUUUCUAUGCAUUGAAGUUUUCCGUUUCCCAACCCCCUCCCCUUCCUCUUUAUAUGCGUCCCAUUCCCACACUCUCUUCUUUGAACAGAGGAAAACAGAGUGCAAAAACAGGGGAAUCAUUCCCAGAAAUCGAAAACACUUAAAAGUUAAAACCCCUUUCUUCUUUUUCUUAGCUUCUUUGUUUAAUGGGUUCUUGUAAAGGAGAUGAUGAAAAGGUGAUUGUGGUUGAAGGGCCUAUCAUUAUAGGUGGGGGACCUUCAGGGCUGGCGGUGGCGGCGUGCCUGAAACAGAACGGCGUCGCCGCCGCCGUCAUUCUUGAGAGGAGCGAUUGCAUCGCUUCUCUGUGGCAGCAGAGGACCUAUGACCGCCUGAAGCUCCACCUGCCCAAGCAGUUUUGCCAGCUUCCAUUGAUGAAUUUCCCCGGCGACUUCCCGAAAUACCCCUCCAAGCGCCAGUUCAUCUCCUACAUGGAGGCCUACGCCGACCACUUCGACAUCCGGCCAAAGUUCAAGCAGGCCGUGCGCCGCGCCGAGUACGACGCCGCCGCCGGCGUUUGGCGAGUCGACACCGCCGACUCCCGCUACUCCUCGCGGUGGCUGGUGGUGGCCACCGGCGAGAAUGCCGAGCCUCUCGUCCCCGAUAUUCCCGGCAUCCGGCGAUUCUCCGGCCCCGUUAUGCACACCAGCCUCUACCGCUCCGGGUCGGAGUUCCGGAAUCAGAGAGUUUUGGUGGUGGGGUGUGGGAAUUCCGGCAUGGAAGUUUCCUUAGACUUGUGUAGGCACAAUGCCAGUCCUCACAUGGUGGUCAGAAACUCUGUUCAUAUUUUACCUAGGGAAAUGUUUGGUGUAUCAACCUUUACAAUAGCCAUGGGACUACUUAAAUGGCUACCCUUAAGGCUGGUUGACAAGCUCCUUCUCCUUGUGGCCAAUUUGACUUUCGGCAAGACGGAACUAUUGGGUAUCCGACGGCCGAAAACCGGGCCGAUCGAGCUCAAAAACGCUACCGGCAAGACCCCAGUCCUCGAUGUCGGAGCAUUGUCACUAAUCAGAUUAGAAAAAAUUAAGGUAAUGGAUGGUGUGAGGGAGAUAACUAGGAAUGGUGCAAAAUUUGUGGAUGGACAAGAAAGGGAAUUUGAUUCCAUAAUACUAGCAACAGGGUACAAGAGUAAUGUUCCAACAUGGCUUAAGGGCUGUGAUUUCUUCACUGAAGAAGAAGGGAUGCCAAAGACACCAUUCCCAAAUGGGUGGAAAGGAGAGAAUGGUCUUUACACUGUUGGGUUUACAAGGAGAGGGCUGCUAGGGACCUCAUCUGAUGCAAUGAACAUUGCUAGAGAUCUUGCUGAACAAUGGAGGCAGGCCAACACAACUUGUACCUCAAUCAAGGUAGCCAGAGACUGAACAACCUCAUCUCAAACAGUGAACAUUGCUUGAGAUCUUGAUGAACAAUGGAGAGAAAUGCUAACACAACUUCUACUUCUCAACCAAGGUAGCCAAAGACUGAUUUUUUUUUUCUUUUUUGGUUAAGUCCCCAAGGAAAAAAAAAAACAACUAAUGGUAGGUUCAUAAAGUCAAGGGAAUUUUUAUUCUUCACUCUUUCCUUACUAAGUAGUGGAUAGUGGAUGUUCUAUGCGAAUUUUCGACCUUUUUUCCCCAAUUUUCUUCAUUUGUAAAUAUCCAAAAUUUUGCAUAGGGCUCUACUUGUUCUUAUCCUAAUGU